AUGACCAGUAUCAGUGUCACGGCAACAAGCGGACCCCUGACGAGGGCAUUGAUCUCGCAGCAGGUCUACCAUUCUGGUGGUUCAGGCACUUUCUGGGCAGUCGAUGAUGCAGUCGCAAAACUCAUCAUCAAAGCUUUUUACGAGAACGUGUUCAAGGAUUCGAAGAAUGGUAGUGCCAUGGACUGUACGAAGGUAGCCUGGGCUCACGCUGCAUGUGAAGACGAAAGUGCCGCUCAAACAGAGGACGGUUUUCAUUCAUAUAGAUGUGUAGUUCCGCGCCGUAUUCCUGUCGUCCGAAAUGACCCUGACUUGGAUACGGUGUGCCCCAGUUAUCUUAUUUUUUGUAACUCCGAGUCAUCAGUCUUAGAUGACCUACAUGUCCUUUGUAUCCCAUGGAGAUUGUCCUUCAGAAAGUUCAGAUCAGUCACAACUCCUCCGAAAAAUUCAAGCCUUUGA